AUGGCGCCUCGAGGAAGAAAAAGGAAAGCUGGACUGAGACGAGAGGAUGCAGCAAGAGACCGCAUGAGAGAUUAUGGAUUUGAUGAGCGUGUCAUCAGUGAGAGUAUCAAGGGAUUGGUUAAGCUGUAUGGUGAGGACGGGUGGAAACUGAUUGAAGAUGGUGGAUACGAUGCGCUUUUUAAUAUUUGCUUGGAAAGGCAAGAAGAACAAAACGGACUAGUGGCUGCUGAGCAAAACGAAGAGAUGGCUUUGGAAGAACAAGAAGAGCAAUUGGUUGUGGAGCAAAUUGAAGGAGUGGCUGAGGAAGAACAUUUGAUUGUGGAGAAAAUUGAAGAAGUGGCCGUGGAACAAACUGAAGGAAUGGCUGUGGAGCAAUUUGAAGAAAUAACUGUGGAGCAAACUGAAGAAAGGGCUGAGGCAGAACAAGAACCGGCUCAGGAAGAAGAACCGCGUGAUCAUGUUGCACAUGAGGAGGAGCAGCAUACUGAAGAUGGAACAGACCAUGUGGGUAGCAAUUCAGAAACUUGUCAAACGGAUGAUGCGUCGAUCACUAACGGUGUGGUCUUGGACUCUUCACCACCAGGUUUUCAGUCAAAAGUAACACCACCGGGUUUUGCACUGCAUUCUGUUGAAGGUGCCAAGAAUUCUCGCUGUGGAUGGCUGAGCAGCGAGGAAGAGACGGAUUCAGAUGAGGAUAGUGAUAGCGAUGAUGAUGAGAUGAUUCAGCUGACUCCGGAGCCUCUGUGUGAAGAGCUUGAAGAGCUGUUCAAGAAAGUGAGUGGACAGAAGAACACGAGGAAGAGACCCUCGAGGUGGGACAACUAA